GUGAUCCAAUGCUACAGGUCAAUGAGGCUCGUUGGUCAAAAUCUUCUUCAAUUCCGUUCACAAUCAUUUGGAACACUUGAAGACCGGCUCAGCGAUGUUUUGUCGCGCCUUAUUCAAAUCUCCCAAAUCAUUUUUUACGAUUGGAUGUACUGUGAUGUCUUCAUCCCACAAGUCUUGGAAUUCAAUAUAUGAAUUCACUGUUAAAGAUAUCAAUGGUGUGGAUGUCUCCUUAGAGAAAUACCGUGGUCACGUUUGUCUAAUUGUUAACGUCGCUUGUAAGUGAGGCGCAACGGACAAGAACUAUCGCCAACUCCAGGAGAUGCACACUCGACUGGUUGGCAAAGGCCUCCGUAUAUUAGCGUUCCCCUGCAACCAAUUCGGCGGACAGGAACCGUGGGGGGAAGCGGAGAUUAAGAAGUUUGUGACUGAAAAGUAUGGCGUCCAAUUCGAUAUGUUUUCCAAGAUAAAAGUCAAUGGGUCUGACGCUGAUGAUCUCUAUAAAUUUCUUAAAAGUAGACUACAUGGUACCCUAACAAAUGAUAUUAAAUGGAACUUCUCUAAAUUCCUUAUAGAUCGUCAAGGCCAACCGAUUAAAAGAUAUUCUCCUACAACUGCCCCAAAUGAUAUUGUAGGAGAUAUCAUGGAGCUUUUGGAAAAGAAGUGAUCAAUGGAACUUUUGAGCUUUGAACAAAUUCUCGCUGUAUGACGAUGGCAAUCUCAAAUGUUCACUGAUUGCCAUUUGAUGAAAUCAGUUUUGUGUGCACCUGAUUGCAGAAUUUUGUUUACCUUGCUCAUAUUUUUCAUUGAAACUACUUCUCAGAAUAAAUGUGUUAUCUAU